UUAGUCAGGCGUGUAUACCAUUUGAUCCCAUUCAGUCGUCUGAAGGUUGUGGAAAUGAGUUUCGUCAGAUUGACUUCAAUAUUGCUGUUAUGUACAUUGUUGUCUUCUGUGACGGGCAAGCGUCCUCCGUGUGUCACAAAGAGGCUAUUCUUUGGUGCACCACCUGGUAAUGCUUGGCAGAUAAAGAAGCACUUGGAAAGUCCACGUUCUUACCUUCUCAAAACGUCACUGUGUUACAAGAUCUCAACGAGGAACAGCGUAGUGCGUAUUGUUCUCAAGUACAUGGACAUCCGCCCAAGCAUAAAUUGUUCUCAAGAUGUACUCUCCUUGUGCUACAACAAGCGCCGCUGCCUCAAACUGUGCGGCAAGAACAAACUUCCUGACAUGGUGUUAGAGUCAGGGUGGAAGAACAUUUACAUUAAAUUUCACUCAUCUGCUUUUCCCAACAGGCAGUACAGAGGAUUCAGUAUAGACAUUCUGGUCAGAAGAAAACCAAGCGUAGUAAUAGUCAAGAGUAACUCGUUUGCAUUUAGAGGAUUCUCAUCAGAUAUUUCAGGUGUAAAUCCUUGUGGCCUACCAGACUUGAUGCUCAUAUGCAAGAAUGGAACAAUUGUCGAUGAUGGUGUGAGAGCUGUGGCAGAUCAUUCAUUUACCCCUGAACAACUUCUCUUGUCUCCAGGGUUGCCUUUUGAACGAACUACUACAAGGCCUGAGUGUCAACCAGCGAUAACAGAUCCAAUUAGGGGUAGUAAAGGACAAGAUGGAGCAAGAGGUCCAAGAUCUAUUCUUCAAAGACAUAUUCGCAUUGCUGAUGGAAUGGUAGGUCCACCAGGAAUGCAAGGACCUCGUGGCCCUCCGGGAAUCAAAGGGUUAAAUGGUCCCCCAGGAAUCAAAGGGUCUCGUGGUCCCCCAGGGGUAAACCCACCCACUCAUCAUCCAGGUCAACAAGGUCCUCCUGGUCUCCUGCAAAAAACACCACCAUCUCAUCCUCCAGGAAAACAAGGGCUUCCUGGUCCCCCAGGAGGAAAACCGUUCACUCAAUCUCCAGGGAAACGAGGGCCUCCUGGUCCUCUCCACUCUAUUUGUGGUCCUUCAUUCAAACCUACGUGUACAGGCAUUCCAUGGCAGGCUCUCAUAACUGAUGACUCUGAUACAAUGGAUCUUGUCUGUGGCGGUGUUCUUAUAGGAAAGGAGUGGGUGUUGUGUGCAGCUCAUUGUUUUGAUUCUGUAAGCCACCUCAAUCUGAAGGUCAGACUUGGGGUUUAUAAAAGAGAGAAGGAAAAAGGUUGGUGGCAGACAUUUCAGAUCAAGACAAUUACUUUUCAUCCACAAUAUGGCAAUGACCACAUCUACAACAAUGAUAUGGCACUUCUUCGACUAGAUCAUGCAGUAAACUACACUACUACUAUCUGGCCAAUAUGUUUGUCAUCGUCUCAAACAGGACCAUCUAAGAAAUGUGUAGUCAGUGGUUGGGGUCUAAAUCACCAUGGAAAAUAUCCAAACAGGUUGGCAUAUGGUGAAGUAACAACUGUUUCUAACAAAAAAUGCAACAGAAAAAAGUCGUACAAUGGAACGAUAACAGACAACAUGAUUUGUGCUAAUGGCAAACGAAAGUUAAGCAGCACUAUUCAUAUUGAUGCAUGUAAUGGAGACAGUGGAGGGCCACUAGCUUGUCCCAACAGUCAAGGUUACUACGAACUGUCAGGCUUGGUCAGUUUUGGAGCACGUAAUGCCUGUGGCCAAAAGCACAAGUAUGGAGUGUACACAAGAACUUCAAAAUACAUUCAAUGGAUAAACGACAUGAUCUCCUUGGCAGACUAGAUGCUACAUGCAGUUACAGCUCAUUUGUUGCAAGCUAGAAGCACCUAAAAUUUUCUUUUACAAUUUGAACCUUCUGUGGUUUGUAUGCAGCCCAUUGUUUCUGCUGUCAGUCUAGGAGAUGAGGUUGUUACGUUGCAUAAUAGACAGAGAAACGUGAAUAUCAAUUAGCUAAACAUUGAUACUCUUGCAAUUGAAUUCAAAUCACAGUCAGUCAGAGUACGUUUACAUCCAAGAUUUUCAUGUGGUCUUCGUCUACUGUAUUCCGAAGCUCUGUUUUGUAAUUGAGCAUGAUUUGAAUAAACAUUUCUUCAAGGC